AAAGCAUGUCGGAACUGGAAAUUAUCCAGGCACCAGGCGGUAGCGGGCAAGGCGAAGACCUUUCUCCAUAUUUUGAAAUCGAAAGACAGCUCCUUUUGCUGCGGAUAUCUUCUCCAGUUCCAUUCACAAGGACACAGAGAGAAAGAGCGAUCUUUGAAUAGGGAGAAGAUAUGGUGAAGGUACGGAUGAACACGGCCGAUGUGGCCGCAGAAGUCAAAUGCUUGCGGAGGUUAAUCGGCAUGCGCUGUUCUAAUGUCUAUGAUCUUUCUCCAAAGACGUAUGUAUUCAAACUAAUGAAUAGCAGCGGAGUAACUGAAUCAGGAGAGAGUGAGAAGGUUUUGCUCUUGAUGGAAAGCGGUGUCCGCUUACAUACAACUGCUUAUGUUCGGGACAAAAGUAAUACACCAUCUGGGUUUACACUAAAAUUAAGGAGGCAUAUACGUUCGAGGAGGCUUGAGGAUGUUAGGCAGCUUGGAUAUGAUAGGAUUGUUCUCUUCCAAUUUGGACUUGGUGCUAAUGCACACUAUGUUAUACUGGAGUUGUAUGCACAAGGAAAUAUUCUGCUCACUGACUCUGAUUUUACGGUUCUCACACUUCUUCGUUCUCACAGGGAUGAUGAUAAAGGGUUUGCAAUCAUGUCAAGGCAUCGAUAUCCUACUGAAAUUUGUCGAGUUUUUGAGCGAACAACUGCUGCUAAACUGCAAGAAACUCUUUCAUCCUUUAAGGAGCCUGAAAACACUGAACCAGUUAGUAAUGAUGAAAAUAAUACAGCUGAUAAGGCUCAAAAAGAGAAGCAGUGUAAGCGUAAGGGUGGUAAAUCUUCCGAGUUGAGUAAAAAUGCCAGUGAUGGAACUCGUGCCAAACAAGCCACAUUAAAGAAUCUUCUUGGGGAGGCAUUGGGCUAUGGUCCUGCACUUUCCGAGCACAUGAUAUUGGAUGCUGGUCUAGUCCCAAAUACAAAAGUUUCUAAAAACAGUAGGUUAGAUAAUGACGCUAUACAGGUUUUGCUUCAUGCUGUUGCAAAAUUUGAAGAUUGGCUCCAAGAUGUUAUUUCAGGAAACAAAGUUCCCGAAGGAUACAUUUUGAUGCAGAUUAAACAUUUGGGCAAGGACCAUGCCCCAUCUGAAUCCAGAAGCUCUUGCCAGAUAUAUGAUGAGUUCUGCCCUAUGUUACUGAACCAAUUCAGGACAAGGGAACAUAUGAAAUUUGAUACAUUUGAUGCAGCAUUGGAUGAAUUCUACAGCAAAAUUGAGAGUCAAAGGUCAGAACAACAGCAAAAGGCAAAGGAGGACUCUGCUAUUCAGAAACUAAAUAAAAUACGCCUGGAUCAGGAAAAUCGAGUGCUAACAUUGAGGAAAGAAGUGGAACACUGUGUUAGAAUGGCAGAAUUAAUAGAAUACAACUUAGAAGAUGUAGAUGCUGCUAUAUUGGCUGUUCGUGUAGCUCUUGCAAAGGGAAUGAGUUGGGAGGAUCUUACUCGCAUGGUGAAGGAAGAGAAGAAGUUGGGGAACCCUGUGGCUGGCCUAAUUGACAAGCUCCACCUUGAAAGAAACUGCAUGACAUUGCUUUUGAGCAACAAUCUUGACGAAAUGGAUGAUGAUGAGAAGACACUUCCGGUUGACAAGGUUGAAGUGGAUUUGGCACUUUCUGCGCAUGCCAAUGCUCGGAGGUGGUAUGAACAGAAGAAAAAGCAGGAGAGUAAACAGGAAAAGACUGUUACAGCUCAUGAAAAAGCUUUUAAAGCAGCUGAGAGAAAGACUCGUAUCCAGCUUUCACAGGAAAAAUCAGUUGCCACUAUAUCACAUAUGCGCAAAGUUCACUGGUUUGAGAAAUUUAAUUGGUUCAUCAGCAGUGAGAAUUAUCUGGUUAUUAGUGGACGUGAUGCUCAACAAAAUGAGAUGAUAGUCAAGCGUUAUAUGUCAAAAGGAGAUCUGUAUGUCCAUGCAGAUCUGCAUGGAGCUUCUAGUACUGUGAUCAAGAAUCAUAGGCCUGAACAACCUGUACCUCCUCUCACUUUAAACCAAGCUGGAUGUUUUACAGUUUGCCAUAGCCAGGCAUGGGAUUCAAAGAUUGUCACUAGUGCUUGGUGGGUGUACCCUCAUCAGGUCAGUAAAACUGCUCCUACAGGGGAGUAUCUCACUGUGGGAAGUUUCAUGAUUCGUGGAAAGAAAAACUUUCUUCCUCCACAUCCUCUUAUAAUGGGCUUUGGGUUGUUAUUUCGCCUGGAUGAGAGCUCUUUAGGAUCACAUUUAAAUGAACGGAGGGUACGUGGUGAAGAGGAAGGAAUAAAUGACUUUGAAGAAAGUGGACCUCCCCAAGAAAUUUCUGAUUCUGAGUCAGAGAAGUCAGUUACAGACAAAGAACUUGUUUUAGAAUCAAAAAAUGUUACAGUUGACUUGAAUGCUGAAGUCGAGGAUCCACUUAAAUUUCUUCCACAAGAUGCUACCAUCAGUGAGAUCAACAAGGAAGACACAUCCAAUAUUGUUGGGAACAGUUAUGGUGUUGCUUCUGUCACCCCACAACUUGAGGAUCUCAUUGAUAGAGCUCUUGGGCUCGGACCUGCUGCAGUAUCUCAAAAACAUUAUGGAGUUGAAACAUCUCAGGUUAAUAUGUCUGAGGAUCAUGGUUCUGAGGAAUGGAAGGCAACAGGGAGAGAUAAACCCCAUAUAUCGAAGGCUGAAAGAAGAAAGCUCAAGAAAGGUCACAAAAAUGGUGCUGGAGAUGCAAAUGUUGAGUUGGAAAACGAAGAAUCAAAAGAAACUGUUGUCUCUGUUAGUCAACCUGAAAAGAGUGUCCAAAAUAGCAAGGUAAUAGGUGGAAAAAUCAGUCGUGGUCAGAAGGGUAAACUUAAGAAGAUGAAGGAGAAGUAUGCAAAUCAGGAUGAGGAAGAGAGAAGUAUUCGAAUGGCUUUACUGGCUUCUGCUGGAAAUACUCGCAAGAAACAUGGAGAGACACAAAAUCAAACUGUUGCUGCUGGCAAAGACAAGAUGCCUAUUAUCAGUCCUGAAAAUGCACCAAAAGUAUGUUAUAAAUGUAAGAAGGCAGGUCACCUGUCUCGAGAUUGCCCAGAGCAUCCUAAUGAUAAUUCUAACAAUAAUGCAAAUGGUGCACUGAGCAAUGACACUCGUGUUGGUUUUGAUCGUAUCAAUUUGGAGGUAGACAAGGUGGCGCUGGAAGAGGAUGACAUCCAUGAGAUAGGUGAAGAAGAUAAAGGGAAGUUAAAUGAUUUGGAUUACUUGACUGGGAAUCCUUUGCCUAGCGACAUUCUAUUAUAUGCUGUGCCUGUCUGUGGUCCCUACAGUGCAGUGCAGUCGUACAAGUACCGUGUGAAGAUUGUUCCUGGCACUGCAAAGAAAGGAAAAGCUGCAAAAACUGCCUUGAGCUUGUUCAGCCACAUGCAAGAAGUUACUAGCAGGGAAAAGGAAUUGAUGAAAGCAUGUACAGAUCCUGAACUAGUUGCUGCAAUUAUUGGCAAUGUGAAGAUCACCGCGGCAGGCCUCACACAAUUGAAGCAGAAGCAAAAGAAAGGUAAGAAAAGCAGGAAAGAGGAGAGCUAAAGAGUUUUGCUUCGUUAGGAGUUUGUAAAUGCAAAUUUUGAUGGUUAUCGGAAGGGCUGUAUCUCUUGUAUGUUCCUUGUACUGUUCUGGAAGAGAAGAGUUUCCUUUAGAACUGCAGUUACAGUUGAAAUACAUUACAAAAUAUAUUAUCUUCA